GUGUGCAGUGCGCUAGUGUGGCAGUGCGCAUGCUCAGUGCUCACCGCGCUCUGCCGUGUGACAGUGUGCAGUGAGUCCGCGGGUGUCGGAGGGACCGCGGGAGAUCGGCGGGAUGUCUGCGCGGCUCUCGCUGUCUCUGUACCGCCUGGAGGCGGAGAUCGAGCGCUGCCGAGCCGAGUGCCAGUGGGACAGAAUCCCGGCUCUGGUGGAGCAACUCGCAGCUGCUCGCUUCCAUGAGGACGAUGACUACGGGUUGCUGCUCCAAGCUGAGGCUCUUUUGGAGGAUUGCCUACUAGAGAACGUGGCUCUUCUUCGGAGCUCCACCCCUCUGUCCGAACACACUCAACCCAAAUUAGCCCAAGCCAAAGGCCAUUUGAACAGCCUACUGAGCAGAGGACGCCUAGAGCCACGCUACCUGAAUGAAGCUUUACUCCUACUGGCCAAGGUGCACUAUGCACAGGGUCAUUAUCGAGAUGCCCAGGGCAUGUGUGCUCGAGCGGGCAUUGAGGAAUUCACCCGGGAUGAGCAGCCCCUUUACCAUCUGCGCCUGCUGGCUGAGGCUUUUGUCAUCAAAGGUCUGUCUCUGGACCAUCAAACAGUGUCUGGUGCCUCCCGUGUUCGUCUCUCUGAGAGAGGGGAAGAAUGUCUGUCCUGUUAUCUCAGGGCCUGUGAUACUGCUCUGCUUUACCUGCAAGAGCUAGACAAGGCUUUUUGCACAGCGAGUAACAAGACAGCCAAAAGCAGUGUAUCAGCUAGUCCAGUAGAGGUGGACCCAGGUUACUUCCUGCAGGCUGCUCUCCAGAGCGCAUAUCUCUGUCUGCUACACAAAGGUCAUUUGGUUCAGGGGACUAACCAGUUGCGACAGGUCUUGAGGGUGGUGGAGAGCCGCGGGUCUCAGAAUUUUCGUAAGACAGUAGCAAUGAGGCUCGCAGAGGUGUUGCUGAGUUCAGUGAGUGAGGAAAGCUACUGGGGGCCGCUGUCACCUCCACCCCCUACCUGGCUGCACAAGGAAGGAGCCACACAACCAAAAGAUGCCAUCUACCCUUCCUCCAGACCACCACAGUGCUACAACACAGAGGGAGUGUUCUGUCCCCAGGACGUGGUGGAGGAGGCUGUGCUCCUGCUGCUCAUCACCGAAUCAAUGGCCAGCGGUGAGGCAGUGAUCAGCCGCACGCCAGAGCACAAGGAGGCACGUGAGGCCAGCAUCCAGGAUGCUUCCUCUGUGUAUGACCUGCUCAGCAUCGGCAUGGCCAGGAGGGGGCAAUAUGCCAUGCUUUCUGAGUGUUUGGAGAGGGCUAUGAAGUUCUCCUUUAGUGAGUUUCAUCUCUGGUACCAGCUGGGUUUGUCUCUCAUGGCUAGUGGGAAGAAUGAAGGUGCGGUGUCUGUGCUUAAAGAGUGCGCCAGGAUGAAACCUCAGGACCCCACACCACCACUGCUGGCAGCCAAAGUGUGCAUUAACCAGCUGCACUGGCUAGAUGAAGCCGAGGCUCUUGCAAAAGGUGUGGUUGCUUUGGGUGAAGGAGCUGAGGAGUCUCUUGCCAGAGCACACCUGACCAUAGGACUGUGUUAUAGUCUGCAAGCUUCAGAUGUGAUGCUGAAAGGUGACCGAGAUGAGUUCAACAGAAGAGCUCUACAUGCAAUGCAGACUGCUCAUGCAGUGGACCCCCAGGACCCUCAGAUUGCCCUCUACCUCUCUCUUCAGCUGGCCUUAGUGCGACAGGUAUCAGCAGCAAUGGAGCCUCUGCAGUUGGCUCUAAAUCUACGCAGCGAUGACCUGCACUCCUUACAUCUGCUGGUGCUUCUGCUUAGUGCUCAGAAACACUACCAACAUGCCCUUGACACACUCUCCCUCACCCUCAGCCAGUACCCCGACGACUUCAAUUUACUCUUUACUAAAGUGAAACUGGAGGAGGCUCUGUUUGGUCCAGCUGUAGCUCUGCAGACAUGCGAGGAAAUGCUACACUUGUGGCAGAAUCGUUAUGAUUUUGCUCGGCCAAGUGAGACUGAUGACACCAGCAGUAUUCCUCCUCCUGAGCCAGGCCCAUUAAGCAGAAAGCCCAGCGGCCUACAUCUCACACUACCAGAUUUCCAGGAGACAGAAACCGGCUCUCAGAGUGCUCCGUCCCUGGCUGUGUCUCGGCUGGAGCAGGCCAUGUCAGAAGUGUCCGCGCUCAGCUCCACCCAGAGACAUGGCCCUGCCCACAUUUGGACCACUCUGGAGCGCAUCUGGCUGCAGGCAGGUGAGCUGUUCAUGGCUGAUGGACGGCUGAAGGAGGCUCAGUUCUGUGUGCAGGAGGCAGGAGCACUAUUCCCCACCUCACACUCGGUGCUGCUGCUGAGGGGUCAACUCGCUGAGCGCAGAGGAAAUGAUAGUGAGGCCAAGAGUCUGUAUGAUGAAGCCCUGGCUAUCAACCCCACAGGACACCAUAUACUGAUCCACCUAGGGAAGUUGUUGGUACGUAUGGGCCGGGUGGGUUUAGGAGAGAAGGUGUUACGGGAUGCUGUGCAGACCCAUAGUCUGGCCCAUGAAGCGUGGAGUGGCCUUGGGGAGGCGCUGCAGAGCCGCGGCAGCACUCAGGCCCCUGACUGCUUCCUCACGGCCCUGGAGCUGGAGUCCAGCUGUCCCAUCAGGCCUUUCACCAUCAUCCCCCGAGAGCUGUGAGAGCAGAUCCCCAGCAAGUCUCACACACAUACACUCCCACACAUGCAUUAUUCCAUGUUGUAUUUUCAGUCUCUAGUUUUGUAAUAUUAAGAAAUUUAUCAAGAAAACACUUUUUCAAAAGUGCAGAUCACAGGUGCUGUAAAAGGUUAUGGGUUUAGUAUCUUGACUAUGUUAAUCAGAAGUUACACAAGAAUUUGUAUUAAUAUAAUAAUAAUGCUUUUCUCAUGUCAGCACACAUUUCAAAUUACAAAAUGGACAUAAACCAGCAGACAUACAGCUGCCAUACCAAAGAGGAUGUUUAAUUACACUGUAUAACUGUACUGUAUCACACGUGCAUACACAGCCUGCACAGUCAUCCAGCUCACAAACAUAUAUGACAAUCACUAGGUCACUUUAUUGUUUGUAUUUUAGAUAUAUGAAUGUUAAACCUUUCUAUAAAGAGUGAUUCUGAGACCA